AUGAGGCCAGGAAGCAGCCUGGGGUUUGCUCUUUUCUGCUGGGUUUUUGGGGAGGUGGUUGCUUAUAACCCCUGGGGCUUCCUUAGAGGGGAAGCAGAGCUAUGGAGGUACGGAGGGGUUUCUUCCUCAGGGCAGCCCCGUGCCUUCUCCCAGCCCUCUCCCUGGGCAUGGGUGGAUGUCUCCCAGCUCCAGGCUGCUGCCCUGCUGCACCCUGUGGUUGUGCAGUGCCAGGAGGCGCAGGUGGUGGUCACGGUGCACAGGGACCUCUUUGGCACGGGACGCCUGGUCAGGGCUGCGGACUUGACCCUGGGCUCGGCCGCCUGCCUGCCCACAGUCUGGAGUGCUGCUGAGACCACAGUGACCUUCGUGGCUGGGCUGCAUGAGUGUGGCAGCACCCUUGGGGUGACUCCUGAUGCUCUGGUCUACAGCACAAGCUUAAAUUACAGCCCAGUUCUUACUGGCAACCCUGUCAUCAUCCGUACCAGCCCUGCUGUGGUCCCUAUCGAGUGCCACUACCCAAGGAGGGACAACGUGAGCAGCCACGGUGUCAGUCCCACGUGGGUGCCCUUCCACUCCACCCUGUCCUCUGAGGAGAAGCUGCCUUUCUCCCUGCGCCUUAUGAACGAUGACUGGAGUGCCGAGAGAGGCUCCACCAUAUUUCAGCUGGGAGAGGUCUUCCACUUCCAAGCUGGUGUCAACACGGAGAACCAUGCACCUCUGAGGCUCUUUGUGGACAACUGUGUGGCCACUACGGCUCCAGAUGGGAGCUCUUCUCCCCAGUAUGCUUUCAUUGACUUCAGUGGGUGCCUGGUGGAUGGGCAGCUGGAUGAUGUCACCUCAACUUUUAUAUCCCCAAGACCCAGGCAAGAUGUGCUUCAGUUUGCAGUAGAUGCAUUCAAGUUUUCAGGAUACUCCAGCGACCUGAUCUACAUCACCUGCCACCUGAAGGUCUCCCUGGCUGACCAAGCUCCUGACCCUCUGAACAAGGCUUGUUCCUUCAACAAAGCCAGUAACCUCUGGGUGCCUGUGGAAGGCACCCAGGAUAUCUGCUCCUGCUGCAAGAUGAGGAGCUGUGGCUUGGCUGGGCGCUCCAGGUGGCUCCAUGCUCACUCCCGGCAGCAAGGAGAACGGGUCCGAAGAGAACUGCCCUCCCAGCUUGAUCCCUCGGUGAAAGAAGCAGAUGUUGUGGUUGGACCCCUCUUCAUCCACAGUUGGUGGGAUCACCCAAUUAGGAGGAUGCCUUUGAGAGAUGCAGGUCAUGUGUGGAUGAUAUUGGGGCUGGCGAUUGUUGCUGGUGUGGUCGUCCUAAUCCUUGCUGUUCUAGGAGCUGUGACUGUCUGCCGAAAGCCCAGCGACCCCCUUUAA